AUGAGUCAAGACUACUCAGCUCAACAUCUACAAGCAGACGUAGUCUCUGUGAUUGCAAAUUAUCCCAGUAAUGAAGCAAAAGCAGCCGAAAUUGCCUCGCACAUAGCGCGCAGAAUUAGCAACGGCGAACUGAGACUGUUAGAAUUGGUGGUAGGAUUGCGAGAUUUCAUAACAUCUGAGGAACAUCCAGAGAGGAAAGGUGCACUACACUGCCUUUCCAUAUGUUUGGGCUAUCUUCCCAAGUCUUCCCUGUUGAAGAACGAUGUUUCGGUUGUGUUGGAUUUUUAUCUAAGCAAGUUUGAUGACACUUCCUGUCUAGAUCAAGUUCUACUUGGGCUCAGCAACCUAGUGGGAAUGAAGUGCUUUUAUUCCGGUCAAGCUGGUAGCGUGCUUAAAGCGCUCAAAGAAGAGUACCAGCCCACAAAGCACCUUGCAGCGACAAGAUACCUUGGUUUCCUGAUAAUGAACACGCUUCUGGAUAAGUUCCAAAAAAUCAUGCUGGAAAAUCAUUCGCUCAACAGCCUCUUUAUUGAGACUUUCCUUUCGAUCGCAACGGGAGAGAAAGACCCUCGAAAUCUGCUAAUGUCAUUCAAUCUGAAUUCAAAGGUAAACACAACUUUGAACGAUAUAGGCAGCUUUAAAGAAGACCUUUUCGAUACUUUGUUUUGUUACUUUCCAAUUACAUUUAAGCCACCCAAGGACGACCCUUACAAGAUCAGUAAUAAUGAUUUGAAGGUGGCACUACGUAACGCGAUUUCUGCCAGCCGCUAUUUCGAAGAAGAUGCUUACGGGAACCUGAUUGAUAAGAUGACUGCUUCGUCCCCAAGUGUUAAAAACGACACAUUGCUGACUUUAAGAUCAUGCAUCAAUAACUUUGGCGGUGAGGCGUGCUUUAGACAUUGGCUUCCAACGUGGAAUGCAAUCAAAUUCGAAGUGAUGCACGGGUCCGACGCCGACGGCGCCGCAGCAGAGUCUGCUGCUGGUGAGUUUAACAACUACACUGACUCAUUAGAGAUUUUGAGAGCAAUCGCUAUACAGCUAUCGAGUUACAAAGAGAGUGCCUUCGAUACGUGCUAUGCGUACAUCUUGGAUGAACUCAAGCCCAACUUUGAAAAUGAAAGAGAUCUCAGGCAAAGCUGCGCUAUAUUAUCAUCAAUCGCAAAGGCAAAUUCUGUUACUCUCGAGAAGGUUCUGGCCGACGUGCUAAAGCUGGUUUUCCGUGACGGGGGUGAUAUUGACGUGAACAAACAAAAAGUAAUGAUUCUCAACCUUUCCUUCUUUUUUGAUGCCUACAUUGAGGUUUAUCGGGAAGUUGACCAGCCCUGCGAUAAAAGUGGGGACGAAAAGAUGAUACAGUACAAAGAUGAAAUUUUGAUGUUAUUCGGGAGGAGUUUGAAGGGUAGCUCUAAGAACGAAGUUAGUCUAAGAACAAUUUCCAUUGUUCAGAUGACAAAACUGCUCCAAAUGCCUGGCUAUUUGACCGAAGAGGAGAUAGCUCUGAUUGCUCAGUAUUUUACUGAAACCAUUUUCACUGAUGAUAAUGACAACGUCUAUUUUGCUUCUCUUGAGGGUUUGAAAGUGACGAGCGAAGUCUCAGAAAAAACAGUGAUAGAUAUUGCACUGAGCCAAACCUUUGAUCUUUUGCGAAACUGUAUUUCGCACGCAAGCGCAAUAGUUGACGGCGAAUGUAUUGAUCUAGAAAGGAUUUUGAAAGUUUUACUGGAUUUCACGACUUCCAAACAGCAUCUAAUGACUGAGGCAAUUGUUGGGGUGGCUGUCUCAUUAUCGCUAGCUUCGAAUAAAGACGGUGAUAGUGACAUCUGUUUCAAGCUUCUUUCAGCCUUAUACUCCCUCUUUGAUUCUAAUAAAACUAUUAUAACAGAGGUGAUCGCUACCAGGCUCAAGACGGAGAUCGAAGAAAAGCUAUUUGCUGCAGCCUUCAGCAGGCUAAUACAUGAAGACGAUCACAAUUUGACGAUGAUAUCAUCAAUACUCUUCUACAUUAACAUGUACGCUUCGAGAUCGAUACAUCAAACUGAGCUGAACAGAUAUUUGCAGUUAUUUGUUGAAAAAUAUCAGGUUUUGAAUACGCGCACGCGCUCUGCAAUAAUUUUAACAAAGUUGUUGUCUGCUUUCGAUAAGGAAUGCAGCUUAGCCGCAGAAGAUCUGGCAUCUCGUUGCAUCAAACUGCUUUCCAAUGAUAAAGCUGAAUGCACUGAUUUCGAGAAGCUAUCUUACUUGGAAUUGCUAGCUGUUUUAUCGAACAAAUGGUGCAGCGACGGCUUUCUACAAAAUGUGUUCAACCAAAACGAUAAUAGUAUGAUUCAUCUCGAGAUAACAGCUUGGUGUACUAAAGGUUUGGUGAUGAAAAAUUCUGGCCUAGCGGUGGAGAUUCUCAGCAGGUUUGUACAGCUGUUGUCAGAUGAAGCGAAUGGAUCCAAAGUAGCCAACCUCUUUGAGCUAUUUCCAACAGAUAUCCCAACCCUUGAAAGAAUUAAAGGCGUGUCAUGGACUAACAACGUUAGAGUACUGUACAAACAAAAGCUUUUCGGCGAUGUGGCACCUCGUCUCGUUUCUGCUUUCAAUGCUAGCAAUGAGAUGUCCGUAAAGGCUAACUAUUUAAUGGCUCUUUCGUGCAUUUUGAGGAACACUUCGAACAAAAUUACUCUUAGCUACAUUCCAAAGCUUCUUGCGCUUUUAUUGCAAGCUGUUAAGCUGGACAACAGCGAUGUGGUAUUCUCUGCUUUGAGCACAAUCAAAGGUACAGUGGAUCAGGCACCACAACUGGUAACAGAACAUGUUCACAGCCUCAUUCCGCUAAUGCUUGAUCUGGCCACCCCUGCCAAACGCAACACAUACAUGGUUAGACUGACAGCAAUUGAGAUCUUGCUGAGCUUCACAGAGCAUAUUCCGCUGAAUUACUUGCUGCCCUUCAAGGACGACGUUCUCAUAGGACUGGCGGUGGCCCUAGAUGACAGGAAACGAAAGGUUCGCAAGGUGUGCAUCGACGCAAGACAGGCGUAUUUCGAGCUUGGACAAGUGCCAUUCGAUUAA